AAUAUUUUUGCGGAAAGCCAAUGAGAGAAUUGACCGACUUUUCCUCGUUCUCUCUCUGGCUCUGCGAUUUCUCACAGGCCGCAGCUGCGCACGGCGACGGCGACAAUGGCGAGGCCUCCGCGGCACUCACGGCUGCUCCCCGGACGGAGAUCCUCCCCCUUCACUCUCAUUCUGAUGGCGCUACUCACUGUCUCGGUGGUCCUCCUCAUGCUCCUCGCUCUCGGGAUCUUCUCCCUCCCUGUUGAAUCCGACGGUCCCGCCAAGCACGGUCCUCGAAGAUCCAUCCGGGAGGCGAAGAAUGAGCCGGAGCACGGAGAGGAUCAGUGGACGGAGGUGAUCUCGUGGGAACCCAGGGCAUUUGUGUAUCACAAUUUUAUGUCCCAGAAAGAGUGUGAGUACCUCAUUGAAUUAGCAAAGCCUCACAUGCAGAAGUCAACAGUUGUAGAUAGUGUGACAGGUCGGAGUAAAGACAGCAGGGUGCGGACAAGUGCUGGCAUGUUUCUUAGAAGAGGACAAGACGAAAUCAUCCGAACAAUUGAGAAAAGAAUAGCAAACUUUUCCUUCAUACCGAUGGAGCAUGGAGAGGGUCUUCAGGUUCUUCAUUACGAAGUUGGUCAGAAAUAUGAACCUCACUUUGAUUACUUCAUGGAUGACUUCAACACUAAGAAUGGCGGUCAGCGAAUAGCUACACUUCUCAUGUACCUUUCUGAUGUAGAGGAAGGUGGUGAAACUGUGUUUCCUUCUGCAAAAUUCAACAGAAGUUCUUCACCGGAGUUAUCGGAAUGUGCAAAGAAAGGCCUUUCUGUUAAACCAAAGAUGGGCAAUGCUUUACUCUUCUGGAGUAUGAAGCCGGAUGCCUCCCUGGAUCCAUCUAGUUUACAUGGUGGAUGCGCUGUUAUUAAAGGAAAUAAAUGGUCUGCUACGAAAUGGAUGCGUGUUCAUGAAUAUAGAACGUAGUUACUUUGCUGAGAAGG